ACACGGAGUCAGAAUUAAAAUUAGAAACCAAAUUUUAAUAAAUAAAGGUGAUUGUUACAGAAGCGCCAGAAAAGACGUACACGCAGAAUACCUUCAACCAGGCUGUUGGACAUCCUUCCUUGGGCCAACAGGUGGAGCUUACAAAGUGGUGACCCCGACGUGAUCCUCCAGUCUCAGGCGAGUGACGUCAUCUGGCGCAACAAUUCAGAUCCAAACGGGGCAUGAGGUUUGAGCUUCUCCUUCUCUGUCUGCAGCUGCUGUGGACAGUCACUGCAAUCCCAUGGAGGCCAGAUGCCAGGGUGGUAUCUGGACCCACCUGCAUCGAAUUGGGACAACGGGUCACACUCACACAUACCCUAGGAUGCGGGAGAUGGGUAUGGAAGUAUACCAAGGGGCCAUUCACACCUUACAUUCCAGUUACAUACAAAGAAAUAGUCACAUGGCCCCCCGGAUUAGCACCGGAACCAAAUUGUGCAACUAAAAUCUGCUGUAAGACAGGUUCUACCCAUCCCCCAGACACAGACAUCACAGGCUACACAUUCGCACCAAAAUUUCACCAUAACAUUACUACCUGGGAUCAACUUAAAGAAUACCCAGGUUCAAAAAUUGGUAGUAAGCACAUACUAUAUCAAAUCAACAACUAUGGUGAAGAUCCUAAAAAAUGUUACUCCACUAAAGAUCUAGAACCAGCAACAUAUAGGUGUAUGCAUACUACAACCCAUAAUAAUACACAUUUGAAGUUUACUGAAAUUCUUUUUAAUCUAACAAAUACUGUAUCCAAAAACAAUUUAAAAACAUUUGUUUGGACUGGACGAAAAGAAGGAACCUACUGUGUGGGAAAAUGUGAGGCAAAUAUGGACAAUUUUACUAACCCUCAUAAUUGUUCAUGGGCUUUACAUCAUUGCUUUAAUCUAACCACCUGUGGAUAUAGAAAGCCCACACAGUGUCCAAAAUUAUAUCCCACCCCUCCGGGUGGCCUUAUCAAAGGAAAUAUAAACAAGACUUUGCUUCAUGAUGUCAAUCUUGUGAUAACACAUGUUACGUAUAACAUUUCUAACAUUUUGUCUGCUUACGUAGAACAUUGUAACAGUAAGGAUGAAACCUAUACAUGGCUACAGUCACGCAUCGAUGAUAUAGUUUCCGAUUACAAAAACAGACUUGCAGUCCAAAUUCCACCUACUCGCACCAAACGAGACCUGUUUGGAAAUAUAGCAGGCCUUUUUGGGUCAAUUAAUUCUAUAUCCAACACUUACAAAAUAACAGGGCAAUCUCAGUUUUCAACAUGGUUGGCAAAUCAGGUGGCCACUGGUUUUCAACACAUCACCAAUAGUAAUGAAAAUAUUAUCAAAGCGGUCAGAUCUGAAGCGCAGGCGCUUCUGACGACCAGUCAAACAAUUUUCAAUCAGACCCGUAUCAUCGAGCAUGACUUAGCCUGUAGAUUGUAUGCACAAGAUUUGUUUACUGCAGCAAGACAAGAGAUUUUAGAUCUUCGUCUUCACAAGACACCUAGACAUGUUUUAAAUGAUCUUAUUGAAAUUUUAGAUCUACAUAGAUGGCUUACAUCAGAAAAAAUGAAAAACAUUAACUAUUCUGAAUUGUUAUCAACAUUAAUGAUGUAUACUGGAAAUGAAUGUACUGGAUGUAUUGGGUUUUUUGCCACUUUCCCUCUAAUUCACCCAGAUCAAGUUUUCCUAAAUUCCACUACCAUACGCUCUAUCAGUGUAGUAGUGAAGGAUCAGAUCAUAAAAUGGGACCAUCUUACGGGGUAUAUGACUUUGAAGGGCACUGAAACCUUGUUUACCACUCGCACCUGUUGUCAUGAAACAUUUAGUUACAUUAUUUGUACCUGCAACACUUUACAACCUUUUUCUUACAAUGAUUCUAAGCUCAUUAAUGUGCAGACUUUGCAUGGCCAUUCUGAUGCUGUUCAAGUGUCUCACACCCAGUGGUGCGUCAUAAGUGAGAUGAAUUCCUUCACCUACGGAGGUCUGACCUGCCCUGCUAACCACACUUUCUGCUUGGAAGUGAAAGAGGACUUUUCAAUGGGUCAGAUAAACAUCCUGGGAAAGGUACCACUAGAUGUAGAUGUUUCCCCAUGGUGGGAGGACACUUUUUAUGAGCGAAGCACACAAGCUUUGGUCAACACGAUGAACUUAGUUCAAGGGAUUAUUUUACGGACUGAAUACCACCUCAACCAGGCACAAGUGGAAGCAAAUUUGGCGGAAAAGACUGCAAAGAUCCUGUCCAGCUCCUCUACCCACUCAGCUUGGUAUGCUUACACCUGGUGGGAUUGGAUGUUUCGGGGAUGCGCCAUCGCCAGUGUGCUCAUCUUCAUAUUCACUCUCAUCCAGUGCUGCUACUUCAGAUGUCUUCUCCGUGCAAUGCGUACUUCAACCAAUGUGGCCAUCGCGCUCAGUCCGCUAAGAGUACCAGCCCUACAGAAACUACAACCAUAAGCAAGCUACAAGAAAUCCAUAGAUAAUGACCCCUUAGGGACUGCUCUGAAUCUGCCCCAAGGGGCCAAGGGCGGAACUGUAAGGAUGGAUUUUACCAAGACUAAAUUCAAGAUUCCUAACCACUAAUAAAACAAUAAAAUUCACUAAUCGGAGGAGAGGACCUGCGAGAAAGAGUGCAGGACAACACCUGGCUCAACCUCCUCUCUUCCCCCCCAUGCUGAGUUCCUGAAUCCUCACGCCCUCUUCUUCCCCU